AGGAGAAUCGUGUCCAUUCAUCAUUUAACAAGUUGCAGCUGAAAUGGAUCGUUGGAGGGGCAAAGUUGCAAUUGUUACUGGAGCCAGUGCCGGUAUUGGCGCUGCGAUCUGCGCCAGACUUGUCGAGGAAGGAUGUGUGGUUGUCGGGUUGGCCCGAAGGGUGGAGUUGGUUCAGCAACAGGCGGAAAAGUUGAAAGGAAAACGCGGAAAACUGUACGCCGUCAAAGUUGACAUGUCCGUCGAAGAUGACAUCCUGAAAGCUUUCAAAUGGACCACCGAGAAUUUGGGACCUGUCCACGUCCUCGUCAACAAUGCCGGCGUUUUAACAAAUGCGAAUCUGAUUUCGGGAGAGACUUCCCAAUGGAAGACCGUUCUGGACACGAACGUUUUGGGCUUGUGCAUCGCCACAAGAGAGGCCAUCCAGAACAUGCAAGCUAAUAAAGUCGAGGGUCACAUAGUGCACAUCAAUAGCAUUACAGGGCACACUCCAAUUUAUAUGCAGAACACCAACGUUUACGGUGCCAGCAAAUACGCGGUCACCAAUUUAACGGAAAUUUUGAGGAAGGAAUUGAUCGAUGAAAAGAUCAAAAUUAAAGUUUCAAGCAUAAGUCCCGGCUUGGUGAAUACAGUGUUGCUUAAUAACAUUGGAAAAGAGGAAGUCCAGAGUUAUGUAGAACAAGCUCCGAAGUUGAACUCUGAAGAUGUGGCCGAUGCAGUGGCGUAUGUCAUCGGUACUCCUCCACACGUUCAAAUUCACGAGCUAACUAUUAAAGUUGUUGGAGAAGAUUAUUAAUACAUAAGUAACAAACAACACUAUUAAAAUAAUAAUUAAUUAACAUGUGACAUAAAUGUCAUCGGAAGUGACUAACUAGUAAUUGGUAAAUCCUCUCAGAUGUUUCGGUUUGACGCACAGUGAGCAUUAUAAACAAUUUAAAUAUAGAAAAAGGAAUAUUAUAAAUAUAUCUGCAAUAAAA